AUGGCCGAUGAUAAGUUGAACAUUGACAGUAUUAUAGCGAGAUUACUAGAAGUUCGUGGAUCAAGACCAGGUAAAAAUGUUCAGCUGACAGAAACUGAAAUCAGAGGACUAUGUUUAAAGUCAAGGGAGAUCUUUCUCAGUCAGCCAAUUUUAUUAGAACUUGAGGCACCACUAAAAAUCUGUGGUGAUAUCCAUGGACAAUACUAUGACUUGUUGCGGCUUUUUGAAUAUGGAGGUUUCCCCCCAGAAAGCAAUUACCUGUUUCUUGGGGAUUAUGUGGAUAGAGGAAAACAGUCUUUAGAAACCAUCUGUUUACUAUUAGCUUAUAAAAUAAAAUACCCAGAGAAUUUCUUUCUGCUACGGGGGAACCAUGAGUGUGCAAGCAUCAACAGGAUAUAUGGUUUCUAUGAUGAAUGUAAACGGAGAUACAAUAUCAAAUUGUGGAAAACAUUUACAGAUUGUUUCAACUGCUUGCCUAUUGCUGCAAUUAUUGAUGAAAAAAUAUUCUGUUGCCAUGGAGGUUUGAGUCCUGAUUUACAGUCAAUGGAACAAAUCCGGAGAAUCAUGCGCCCUACUGAUGUCCCAGAUCAGGGCUUGCUGUGUGAUUUAUUGUGGUCAGAUCCUGACAAAGAAACAAUGGGCUGGGGUGAAAAUGACCGUGGUGUAUCAUUCACAUUUGGUGCUGAAGUGGUGGCCAAAUUCUUACACAAACAUGAUUUGGAUCUUAUUUGUCGAGCUCAUCAGGUAGUGGAAGAUGGUUACGAAUUUUUCGCAAAAAGACAACUUGUCACACUUUUUUCAGCACCCAACUACUGUGGGGAAUUUGAUAAUGCAGGUGCCAUGAUGAGUGUUGAUGAGACUUUAAUGUGCUCAUUCCAGAUAUUGAAACCCGCUGAUAAAAAGAAAUUCUUGUAUGGUGGCUUGAAUGCUGGGCGACCUGUUACCCCACCUCGUGGAGCAGUAAAAGGGAAAGGGAAAAUGUAA